UAAUUAUACAGAUUGCCGGUAACAUGUAUACUUAAUCCAUCUUAACCAAUGAAUGGCAAUAGUCGUGUAUAACGUGUUGCAUAAUCUAGCUCUCUUUAAGAAGACACAAAUAAAGUAAAAAGUACCAACAUUUUGAGGUUAUGUCGAAAACAAUAAAUUAUUUUUAAUUCAAUUUACAGACUAGUUGAAAUGGAAGCUUUGAAAUAUUCCGUCGCUUGCACGGCACACAACAAGUCUUCCUUGGUAAAAGUCCACGAUUGCAAAAUUUGCCCAUACGUUACGACAUCGUUUUUUCUGAUGAUAAACCACCUUCGCCGUCAUCAGUCACCCUUGAUAUCUUUUACCUGUGAAAACCCCCUUGAUUCUUACCAUUGCAAAGACUGCAAUUUUCAAACCGAACUAAUAUUGCUUUUCAAGCAACAUAUUAAAGACCGCCACAGAAUUAAACAAGAAAACGACGACGAUUUGAUUGUGCAACACAACAUUCAAAAGUACGUUUGUACAAAGUGCUGCUUUGAGACGCAUUUUUCCCUUAAAUGGUUAUGUCACAUGGAAGAGUGUGAGCAAUGUUCUUACAAAACUACAGAAAAAUCAGAUUGGAAACAGCAUAUUCAGCGGCAUCAUGGAAAUCAAAAAGAGAAUAAGUGGUACAAAUGUGAAAAGUGCGAAUACAAAAACAAAUAUAGCACAUCUUUAUACAGACACGUAAAAAUGCGGCAUCUAGACAAGUGGCACAAUUGUACUUUAUGUCCUUACAGGACCGUAGACAAAUUUGCUCUCAAAAAGCACAUUAACACAAGGCAUGUUGACGACCUUGACCACAAAUGGUACGAAUGUGAACAGUACUCACUUAGAGAUAAACGCAAGACAUACGAUAAUAACGAGAAAACCGACAUGAUCCUUAUCUACGGAGAAUGUCGCAAAAAUGCUAGACGUGCAGCACAAUUGUAUGCCCAAAGAUACCCUGACCGUGUGGCCCCAACACCCAAAAUUUUUAAGAGGCUAGAAAAUGCUUUGCGUAGCAAUUGGCCUGCUAACAAAAGGAAAAGGAACCGGACUGCGACUAGCUUGGCAAAUGAAGUCCUUGCCCAAGUUAAGGAAAAUCCUCAUAUGGGACAAAUUGCUAUUGCUAGACAAGUAGGAAUUAGCCAAUCGUCAGUCUGCAGAAUUUUAAAAAUACAGUACAGCCUCGAUAAUCCGAACUAAUAGGAACCAGAACGUGUUCGAAUUAUGGGUGUGUUCGGAUUAUUGGAAUUAAUUUUAAAAUGAAAGGAAUCAUCCAUUUCUAUGUAUAAUUUUUAUUUUUCUAAAUAAACUACUGCAUACA